CCUUAUGUCACUAUCAUGCUGCAAAAAGCAGAGCAGGGCCCGAAUAACGCUGCUAGGCCCGGACACAAAGAGCACAAACACGAUGUACACCCGACUAACAAAAAGCACGAAAGAGCGCAACACGCACGCACGCCACCUCGAAACUUUGACAUCGCUAAACUCAUUGAAAGUUAGUCUGUGCAACGUGGAAUGUCAUGACAAGGAACUGUGGUCGCUUAAUAUGCGAUUUAGCGAUGGGGUGGUGUUUAUCGUUGACGUGGAUGAGGAUAAACUGGACCUGGAGAGAUUGCUAAAGGAUAGGAUGGAUCGGCACGUUGUGCUUGUGAUGUGCAAUACGAGAAAUAUUGGGGACUGUGUGGUUGAGAGUGCGAAGGAUUGGGGUGAUAGGGUUAAGGUGGUUGUGUGCAAUGUUGAGGAGUGGAAGGGAGUUGAUGAGGCACUGCGAUGGAUGACUGAUAUGUUGAGCGGAAAGAGUAAAUAAAACGGUUAUUGAU